CUUUGACUUCUGAGACAGUGCAAGGUGUACCCAGGGAGCCUGCCAGUCACUGGGUGGCUGCCCUGACAUACUCCACACCUGACACUGCUCAGGGAGAAGCCAGGCAGCCUGUGCCAGCUUUCCAGUCGGAGAACAUCUGGUUCGGCAGGCAGGGUGUCAUCUCUGCACCCAGGAGACCAGGCGCGGCUGAUUCUGAUCCUUAGCUUCCCGAGCAGCGACACUCAGCCCCGCAGGGAGCGGCCGAGCCGGAGUAGGAGUAUGAUGCUCAGGAGACAUCUCUGCAAAGUUCUCUGCAUUGGGCUGACUCUCCUUAUUGUCUACAAUCUCCUCCUGGUAGUUUAUACCAAGAUGACUUUACAAAAGUUGAUUCUGGGUGGUGUCCAAAAGGAGCUUCACUUCCCUCUGUCUGAAUGGAACGAGACGGUGAUAAAGAAACUUUCUCACCUGGAGUUGGAGUUGCAGCAUCUGCAAGAAAAUAUGAAAUUGGCUAUGAAGCAACAAGAAAAUGUGGACAAAACACUGAAGAGGAUGAGAGAUGAACAACCUGUUCAAAAGGCAGUGGAAGCCAAGGCAAGCGAGACAAAGAAACACAGACCCAGAGAGAAACUCUUUCCAGACUCACCACUUUUCAAGCAAUGGGGUGAGGAUCUUUCUGAGGCCCAGCAGAAAAGGGCCCAGGACCUCUUCCAGAAGUUUGGUUACAAUGUUUACCUCAGUAACCUGCUGCCCCUGAACCGGUCCAUCCCAGACACGCGGCAUUCCAGGUGUCUUCAGAAGACAUAUUCUUCACAACUCCCAUCCCUCAGUGUCGUUCUCAUAUUCACGAAUGAAGCUCUGUCCAUUAUACAACGGGCCAUCACCAGUAUCAUCAACCGGACCCCCUCUCAAUUGUUAAAGGAAAUCAUCUUGGUGGACGAUUUUAGCUCAAAUGAACUAAAGGCAAACUUGGAUGAGCUUAUUAAGCUUUAUAACCAGAAGUAUCCAGGACUACUGAAAAUAGUACGGCAUACCAAGAGACAAGGUCUUGCUCAAGCCCGCAACACUGGCAGGGAAACGGCCACAGCUGAAGUGGUAGCCAUCCUGGAUGCUCAUAUUGAAGUGAACGCUGGGUGGGCAGAGCCCAUCUUGGCCCGGAUUCAGGAAGACCACACUGUGAUUGUGUCUCCUGUGUUUGACAAAAUUAACUUUGACACCUUUGAACUAGAAAAGUAUGGAUUGGCAGUUGAUGGGUUUAACUGGGAACUGUGGUGCCGUUAUGAUUCACUGCCAAAGGCCUGGAUUGAUCUGAAUGAUGUCACCGCUCCAGUGAAGAGUCCUUCCAUCAUGGGCAUCCUGGCAGCCAACAGGCUCUUCCUGGGAAAGAUUGGGUCUGUGGAUGGUGGAAUGCUGGUCUAUGGAGGAGAGAAUGUGGAACUUAGUCUGCGGGUGUGGCAGUGUGGGGGGAGAAUUGAGGUUUUGCCCUGCUCCCGGAUUGCUCACAUAGAGAGACAUCACAAGCCCUAUGCCUUGGACCUGACUCCUGCCAUGAAGCGCAAUGCUCUCAGAGUGGCCGAAAUCUGGAUGGAUGAGUACAAAUACAUGGUCUACUUGGCCUGGAACAUACCACUCCAGAACUCUGGAAUCGAUUAUGGAGACAUUUCUUCCAGAAUGGCACUCCGGGAAAACCUGAAAUGUAAAACUUUUGACUGGUAUCUGAAAAAUGUUUAUCCAGUCCUGAAGCCAAUCCACAACAUUGUAGGCUAUGGAAGAAUAAAAAACUCGCUGAGUGAAAAUGACUGCCUGGAUCGGGGCCCUAUUAAGGGCAAGACCCCCAUCAUGUAUUUUUGUAAUGAAUACAGUCCACAGAAAGUCUACUACCAUCUAACCGGGGAGUUGUAUGUGGGAUCGCUGAUUGCAGAGGCAAAUGCCGAGGACUGCUGCCUGACAGACCCUGGCAGUGGGGAGAAUCCCACUUUGGAGCCAUGUUCCAAGGCAGCCCAACAUGGACUGCACAUAUAUUGGGAUUUUAAGCCGGGAAGAGCCCUCAUAAACAGGGCCACCAAACGAUGUCUGGAGUUAAAGAAGGCUUCCAGUUAUUAUAUGCCUGUGCUGCGGCCCUGCACCACACAAGUGUGGACAAUCCAACACACCAUCGGAAACUGGGGGUCCAACUAGCAUCCAGCGAUCCUCAGAGAGCCUAGAUUUGAGACACCAAUUCUUGCCACUGAAUGGCUUCUAUUCCCAAUUCUGUUCAGAGUGCCAGUGGGUGAGAGAAAGAAAAUGUGUGUGUGUGUAUUUACUGUGACUUCCGCCUGUGACACACAGGAUGUGGUAGGGGAGGGCUGUGGAUGUGUCCUGGAGUCCUGGCCGGGGAGAGUAAGGAAACUACAACACUUCACCCCAGCUUCCCUUGGAAUUAUAUAUAUCAAAUGCCAUUCUUGGAAACUCCUUGAAAUAACCACCUUCAUCUGGCUGGCGUGUGGGGGAGAGAACCAGGAGGAUGGAAGAUUAUCUUUGACUUCCACCAGCGCUGGCUGGUCUUCAUUCCUCAUGACUACGGUUGUCAUCUACCCCUCACCUUCUCCUCAUCUGCUCGGAGCUCCGCCGCCUUGGGGCUGCCACACUGCAGAUGCCCAGUCAUCACCGUGGCAGCGAGACGCCUACUCAGGGGCCGCCCACUCUCUGAAGCCAUGUCGCUGCUCCUACUCUCUUUUCUGGGCUGUCCUGAAAGAUACAACAAAUAGACAAGGAAUCUUAGAAAUUCCUGUGUUUAUCCACUCACAGCAGUUUUAUUUGAUUACCCAGUCUCUCCAGUACCAACGAGGUUCCAGAGGCUGAGCGCAGCUCAUCAGCUCUGCACAGUGCAGAGAGAAUGGUGGAGACAUCCAAGUAUCUGGAUCUUUCUCCAAGUAGCUCACACUAUUUAAUAGAUUUGAUUACCCAUUUCCUUCCACAAUCCUGAAAAUUAGAGAAAAUGAGGUUUGAAACGGAGAGGCAUCACUUACUGGGACACAAAGGAAGGACUGUAGGACAAACUUGAAACCAGGACUCCUUACUAACAUCACUGGGUGAGUCCUUUCCCCCAGCUGGCGAGGUGGGAAGACAUGUCCAGGGCAGCCAGUUUGGGCUAGGUUAAAGGAUGGGAGCGGGCUCCAUGGGGGAGGGAAGGUAGAGUGACCGUGUGUGUGUGUGUAUGUAUGUGUGUGUAUGUAUGUGUGUAUGUGUGUGCAUGUGUGUAUGUGUGUGUAUGUAUGUGUGUGCAUGCGUGUGCGUGUGUAUGUGUGUGUCUGUAUGUAUGUGUGUGUAUGUGUGUAUGUGUAUGUGUGUGCGUGUGUUGUGGGCUCAGCUUUCAAGUAUGAACUUAAGGGCCCCUUCUUCAGUGGUCACUUUGACCCCUUGUCUCACAUCAAAGCUCUGUGGGAAUCAUUAAUUUCCCUUUAGACAAUGGGUAAGGAAGACACUGUUAAUUGAGUACAAAAUUAAAUCAGCUAGAAUUUUAAAAAAUAAGCUUUUAGAAGUGUACAAGUCAUAAUUGUACAGCUUGACAACAUUGUCACAGUGAACACGGUGUCAAAAAUGAAAACAAUGCCACAGAUAAGAUUUUAUCAUGAAAAAUUACAGAACAGGAAAAAUGUUAAGCAAAUGUAUAACUUCUAGCUUCUCCCUAGUAAAUUGAAAAAAAAAUGCAAUUCCUAGCAAAGUUUUUCAAAAAGCAUGUGUCCAAUAGGAAAAUAUACAAAAGACACAGUAUCUUAAACAUAUGAAAAGAUGUUUAACAUCACUCAUAGUUAGAGAAAUGCAAAUUAAAACUGUACUGAGAUAAUUUUUCACUUAAAUUGGUGAAAAUUAAAAAGUAUGACAGCACAUUCUGUUGGCAAGAUUAUGAGAAACAGGGAGCCUCACACUGUGAUGUAGGGGUGAUAUAGGGGUACAAGCUGGUUCAGUCCUUUUGGAGAGAUAUUUGGCAGUAUCUAAAAAGAUUAUAUGUACAUUUUAAAUUUGUGCCAAUAAUUCUACUUCAAGGAAUUUACACCUCCGAAAAGAAGAAAAUAGUUACGUACAAAGUAAUUAUUUGAGUGUUGAUAAGUGUUGGAAACAAAAUGUAUGCUCCAACAUCAGAGAGUGGUUGAAUACAUUACCACAGUGGAGUACUAUGCAGCUAUAAAAAGAAGCAGACACAUUUCUUUUGAACUGAUAUGGAGCAAUUUCCAGUGUGAAAAAGGAAAAAUGGCAUCUGUACUAUGUAUCUUUUAGGUAAGAAAUAAGGAAAAGUUAUGCAUGUACCAGUUUAUUUAUGCAAAAUGAAACAUAAAGAUAAAUCAGAAAUGACAUUGCUCACUGAUGGGUGGUGGUUGGAAAUAGUGUGGAAGGAACUGGGGAGGGGGAUAGGGUAGAAUGGUUGUGGGAGGAGUGAUACUUCUCAAAAUAUACAUUUUUUUUAUAGGCCAGGCUUUUAAAACCAUGUUAUAUUUUGUAUGCUCAAACAUACAUACAUAAAACCAGUAGGGAAAGAGGGAAACACAAUGGGAUGCAAACAAACACAAGUGAACCUAACUAUAUUCCUCUAGUUUAAGUGAAUACACACUCAUUCUAACCAUAGUCAGCAUUCAGCCUCCGAUUCUCGAUUCUGAAAUAUUUUCCAGUAAGAGGAAUUAGGGCUCCUUGGAGAUAUCACUAAUUUUAGGCUUGGGGGGCUGGGAUGUUUUGAUGGCGACAUGUCACAAUUUACAGCAGCUAGGCUCAAGGGGUUCCCACUGGUCAGAUCUUCGAUAAUUAAAAGAAUUAAAAUAAAUUAUUUUUAUUCAAUAUACUAGAGGCCUGGUGCAUGGAUUCGUGCACCAUUGGGGUCCCUUGGCCUGGCUUGCACCCUCUCGCAAUUUGGUACCCCUCGGGUGAU